UAAAUUUUAAUAGUCAAAUAAUUAAUAUGAAUAUUGAUAAUAUUAAUCUAGGCUAUUUUGAAGCUGAUCAUUCUUCCACUUGUUCCUAUUGUUAGAAGGCAAAAUCUUAUUCAUUAGGAUUUUCAACGAGUAAUAUUAUUUCUAUACACCUUUAUUAGAGAAACUAUACCCCUCUACUUAUCAUUCCAUGAUGGAUAGAGGUUGGAGAAGAUGUGGUACAUAUUAUUACAAAUAUAAUUUUACUAUGAAUUGUUGUCUCUCUUAUACUAUUAGAGCUAAUGCACUUUUAUCAUAAUAAAAAAAAGGAUAGAGAAAAAUUGCAAAAACAUUUUUAAAGCUCCUUGAGUCUGAUCUUUUAUCUAAAUAAGUAGCUGAUUUAAAAUCAACAUUAAACAUAAUUAAUAAUAAUAUUAAACAAGAUCAUUUAUCUAAAUAGUCUAAUAUAAAGAAUCCUAAUCCAUAACAAUAAUCAUUAUAAUAACAAUAAUCAUUAUAAUAAAAGAAUAUCAAACCUCAAUAAUAAUAAAAUUCACUUCAUAAAUAGAAACCUUAAUAAAUAUCUGAAGAUAUUAUUAAUUCCUUAAAAGUACAUUUUCAAUAAUACUUACAAAUUAUUGUUUCAAAUAUCUAAGAAUUUAUAUUAUUAUUUAAAGAAUAUUUUGAUUCUAAGGGAUUUCUAAUUGAAGAAGUUUAAACAAUAUUUCAAUAUAAUCUAAAUAUUAAUACAAUUAAAAUAUUUCCAUCCUAAGUAGCUAAUAAGGGUGAUUAUUACUGUAAUUUUAUUAUGCUUAUAUAUGGGCUUAAUAAAAAAUUAUUAUUUUCAGAUUUCCCAGUUGAUAAAUUUGCUUCGAAAAUUAUUCCCUUUGUUUAAAAGAAUUUUAUUAGUGACUAAUUUUUGUUUGUUUAAGAACUUACUGGUUUUUUAUCAAUAUUUACAAAAGAAAAUGUAAAAAAAGCUAAUGAACAUUUAAUUUAAAUUGAAAAAUAGAUUGUAGAGUAGAAACAAAAGAUCAUUAUUGAAUAAAAUAUUUAGAAACCAUUAAAAUGUAUAUAUUAAUUAUAUGGAAAUAGAAAAUAUUAAAUUAAUUGAUGAUCAGACAUUUAAAUCAAAUUUAUUUUAGAUAGGAAAUAUGAAGGUGUUAUUAAAACCUGCAGAAUGUACAGAAGAAAAUUUUUAAUUGUAUCAAAGAUAUUGUCAAGAAAUUCAUGGUAAAUAAAAGGAAAAUAAGAGUGGAUAUUAAUCAUUUUUAUGUGAAUAAGGAUUAGAUUAAAAAAAGUUUAUUCAAUCAAAAAUAGAUGGUAGUAAAAUAUUAUUUAUGGGAUGCUUUCAUAUGAGAUAUUAUAUUGGUGAUACCUUGGUAGCAGUUGGAGUAGUAGAUAUAACAGAAACAGCUUUAAGUUCUGUUUAUUAUUUUUAUGAUCCAAUAUUUGAAGAGUUUAAUUUUGGUACAUUUGGAGCUUUAGUAGAGAUAGAAUAUAUUUAAUUAAUGAAUCAAUAUUUUCCAGAUUUUAAGUAUUAUUAUUUGGGAUUUUACUUAUAAAAUACGAAUAAAAUGUCAUAUAAAGGUGAUUUUGAGCCAUGUGAAUUAUUGUGUCCAGAAACAUAUACUUGGGUAGCAUUAACAAAAGAAUUAAGAAGUGAAAUUGAUAAAAGAUAAGCGUAAGCUACAAAUUAGAGAAAGCUUAGAAUAAGUAAUUAGAAUGUUGGUAUAAUUGAUGAUAUGGAUAUGAAUGAUAAAUCAUUUUAUGGAUAGAUUCAAAUAAGUUUGAGGGGAAAGGUUAUGAAAUUAUCAGAAUUAAAUUUUGAUUAGAAACAAUUGAAGAAAUAUUUGGAUAAUGCUUAUUGCAGAUUUGGAAAGUAAUUGAUGUAGAAAUUGAUAUUUGAGUUAUGA